ACCGUCGACAUGAAAUUCUUCUCUUGUCUUCUGCUCGCAGCUACGGCCAUUGCAUCUGCUGUAGCCUUUGACAUUCCGGAUGGUGCAUCCAUUACUCAGCCCUGGAGACACAAAGGACGACCAUACUUUGGCUGGAAUAGAAAAGACCGAUGGGGCAACAGUGUAGAGGAUGAUCGUCGCAAGAUCACGAUUCGCGCGUCCGAAGAUGACACCGACGAUAUCUCAGCAGAUUUCCUUUGGGCUCUGGAACAAGCACAAGAUGGAGGACUUGUACAUCUUGAAGAAGGCAAAACAUACAUAAUCGGCAAGAAGAUUGAUCUUCCAGUACUCAAUGAUGUUUACAUCAAGCUUGAUGGUACUCUGAAGGUGAGCAACGAGGACAAAUCGCUGGAUCAUUUGUCUGACAUGAUCAUUACAGNNUUCACCGACGACGUCGAAUACUGGCAGAACAACUACUUCUACUAUCCCUUCCAAAAGAGUAUUACCUUUAUGGUUUGGAGUGGAAAGAACAUCAAGAUCUACGGCAAAGGAACGAUGGAUGGAAACGGGCAAGCAUGGUACAAUGGCUUUGCUGGCCGCGAAAUCCUGGAUGCUAGCAACACUUACUAUCGCCCCAUUCUCUUCUUGACCGACAACGCUACUAAUGUGGAUGUCGAAGGUAUCACUUUCUUGAACAGCCCGUGCUGGACGACUUUCCUGGUCCGCACCAAGGAUGUCUCGUUCGACAAUGUAUACAUCGAAGCAUUCAGCAACAAUGCAUCUGUAAGUUCUCUCUCACCAUAUAUCGGCAGGAUACUCACUAUCGCCAGGNCUCUCCCCAAGAACACUGAUGGCUUCGAUUCGCUUAACGUUGAUGGUCUGACUGUAACCAACACUCGUGUCAAUGUCGGCGAUGACUGCUUCUCGCCCAAGCCAAAUACCACCAACAUCUACGUUGAAAAUCUCUGGUGCAAUGGCACACACGGCGUAUCUAUGGGCUCGAUCGGCCAAUACCCUGGUGUCAAGGAUUACAUCUCCAACGCCUACAUGAAGAACAUUACUUUGCUCAAUGGCCAGAACGGAGCUAGACUGAAGGCAUGGGCCGGACCAGAAGUAGGCUACGGAUACAUCGACAACAUCACCUACGAAAACGUGCACAUCGAAAACACAGAUGCACCAAUCGUCCUUGAUCAAUGUUACUUCAACAUCAACGAAACAACCUGCGCUGCCUACCCUUCCAAAGUCAAUAUCACCAAUAUCAAGUUCAUCAACUUUACGGGCUCGUCCUCUGGAAAAGAUAAUAGAGUGGUUGCAGACUUGACUUGCAGUCCUGGCGCUACUUGCAAUGGUAUCGAGAUGCAGGGGAUUCAGUUGACUAGUCCCAAUGGCACGGCGGAGAUUGUGUGCAAUAACAUUGAGGGCGAUAUUGGCGUGCCUUGUAUCUCAGAAGCAGAUGCUGAUAGUUAG